UGUUACCAAGAUAUCCGAAGAUAUAUAUAUAUAUAUAUAUCUUCGGCUUCGCGAUAGGGCGGUGAUAUCCGUUAACUGUUCCCGCCGUAGAACUUGAGGCUGUUUGUAGCCGGAGGGAUUCCCGAUUUCUCUUUACUCCGACCCUCCGAUGUCUCUUUUUGGAUCUAAUAUUAUACCUAACGAGGUGGGAUUGAAACUGCUUCUUUACCCGCUUGGUUCUAACGUUGUUAUUCGUACAGCAUGCUGCUCCGUGGGGGUUGUCUUGCCAGUAUAUUCAACAUUUAAGGCCAUCGAGACAAAAAACCAACACGACCAACAAAGAUUGCUUAUUUACUGGGCAGCUUAUGGAUCUUUUACUAUUGCUGAAAGCUUCACUGACAAGAUCGUUUCCUGGGUUCCUUUCUACUAUCACAUGAAGUUUGCGUUUCUUGUUUGGCUCCAGCUUCCAUCAACUGAAGGGGCAAAAUAUUUGUACAUGAAUCAUCUGCAUCCAUUCUUUACAAGACAUCAAGGAAGGUUGGAUCAAGUUGUGGGCUUUCUACAUUCUGAAAUGGUUAAAUUUGUUACCCUACACCAAGGCGAAAUACAACUUGUCAGGACAAUUGUUUUGAAGAUCCUUGCAUUGGGGGGUGAUAUAUUUCAACCAGAGCCAAGGCCUGUUGCUGGCGCAAUCGAAGGUCCAAUACAACCUAGUGUGUCUGAAGAAGAAAUCAAUGGUCCAGUUGAUGGUCCAAAUGUUGAGCACAUUAUUCAUCCUGAUAAUGUCGACUAAUGUGCUGAAAUCGUGUUCUUCCUGGAUAUUAUUUUCUUGAGGGGAGAAGUUAGUUUUUAUUUAUUUAUUAUUAUUAUUACUAUUAUUAAAUAUCUAUAUCAGUGUAGUUUUAUCUUUGGAUUGUUUGAGGCAUAAUGUAGUCAAUCAAACAUAUUACUUUUAGAUGAAAUUUUAAUUAGUGAAUAUCUUUAAUUAUUGUC